CGCACUUCGCCCUGCUCAGUGCUUACCACCCAUGGCAGACUUGGGCGCGCUCGUCUGUGCAGUUCUGGGGCUGCCGGUUCUGUAUGCUGUCUUGUUAUUCCUAAGAAAUGGGAAAGGAUCCCUCGCCGGGGUGCCGACGGUGGGAGGCCCGUCAUGGCCGCUCCUCUCAUACCUCGGCGCGUUCAACUACCUAGCACACGCCCCGGACGUCAUGUCCGAGGGAUAAAGAAAGUACAAGGACAAUGUUGGGAUGUACAAGUUUGCCGAGUUCCGCCGCUGGACGAUCACGCUCUGCGACCCCGUGCUCAUUGAGGAGGUUCGCCGCAGGCCCGAGGCUCAGCUUUCCCAGAUGGAGUCCAAUCGCGAGUGUUCAGUGCCGACGAGACCGUCAUGGGAUCAUUUUGUGUACCCGCAAAUUGUAAAAGGAGAGCUAAAUGAGAGUGCUGAUAAGUUGCGGCACGAUGGCCGUUUUGGAACAUGUGGAUCGCGAGAGAGUGCAGUGCUACAGACGCGUCGGGGUCACGUGGGCGCGAAAGAGGGCACUGGAGAAAGAGGGCGAGUUGCCAUCCUCGAUGUGACUUGGUCAAUCGUUGGUGCCAAACAUGAAGCUUUGAAGGCAGAGGUCAUGUUCCGCAAACGACAGUCGUGAAUCUGGACUUCGAUCUGUUCAUGGUUGCAUCUGCACUUAAAGAUUUGAUCAUGACCCUGGGACCAUAACAGUCUUUGUGACGCAAUGGUCUAGCCUUCGACUGGCUAGAUC